AGAGUUGUUCCUGUUCUCUCGUAUUUGAAUGGCUCCUAAGAAUAAGGGAAAGGGAGGGAAGAACCGACGCCGCGGAAAGGGAGGACGCGGUGACGUUAAGCGAGAGCUUGAGUUCAAGGAAGAUGGCCAGGAAUACGGUCAGGUCCUCAAGAUGCUUGGGCAAGGUCGUGUUGAGCUACAAUGCUUCGACGGAGUAAAGCGACUCGGGCAUAUCCGUGGCAAGAUGCGUAAGCGUGUGUGGAUCCAGAUCGGUGAUAUCGUUCUGGCUUCCCUCCGAGACUUCCAAGACGAGAAGUGUGAUAUCAUCCUCAAGUAUAACGUCGAUGAGGCCCGUGCCUUGAAACAGCAUAAGGAGAUACCUGACAACAUCAAGAUCAACGAGACUGAUUUGAUGGGCAACGAGGAAGGAUUCUCUGAUGAUGGUGUCGAGUUUGCUGAAGAUGGUAGUGAUGACGAGGAGACUGCAGGCAACCUCUUGGCCCCUCCCUCUGCCGCUGCUAACCUCACUAAGGCGGACAUUGACGAUAUCUAAGCAACCAUUGACGAUGGUCACCCAGCCGUUUCCCUGUACUGAGUGAAGCUCUUAUUCACUAUCUAGCAUUC